AUGCAACGUAAUGAAGGCCGGCAGUUGCUUGAGCUUCCGCACAUGCUUCGGUGCAUCAUUCAACGAGCUAAUAAAGCGCUUGUGCAAAAAGUGGUCCGCCCGGAGGUGGAUCUGAAUCUCGCCUCUCUCUACAUCACCCUGCAAGUCGACCAAGCGCACCUCCUGUGCGUGCGUAACAAUAACGUUGCCGAGCCCCUCCUGAUCUCCGUACUCCCCCUCGAGCGGGAUGACGGCGUUGCGCUGAUUCUUGCGUGUGACCAGCUGAGCCACAGAUGUAUUAACAUAGCUAAUAAGCUCAUGGCGAUGCCUCGUAUUGCGCUUAAAAAAGGCCAGUCGCAGCCCCCGGGCGGGCUGGCCGUUAUGCAGCUGCUGCUCGGUGAUGCUCAUCUCAUCAAAGAUGACGUAGUUAUUCCUGUCGACACUAACGCCAUCCCUACUCCGAUACACGCAGCUCCACACGCUCUCGUCGCCGACCUUUCUCUCUCUCUGCAGCUCAUAAAACUGGGUGACCCUCCUCUGAAAGAUGGGGCCGGCCUCCUUGAGCAGGGCGGACGACACGCGGAAGACGAUGGGCAGGCCGGGGGUGUCGCACAGGAACUCAGCGGUGACGGUGAGCUCGCCGCGCAAGUUCUUCGAGGCGCGCGAGGAGGUAGUGGCGCGACACAGGUCCGGGGCGACGAGGGCGUCGGCGGGGUCUUCCCCCUCGUAAGCCUGCUCGUCCUCGUCCUCCGUGGCGGCGGAGAUGGUGGAGACGGCGGACAGGCCCUGCGGCAGGUCGGACCUACCGAGGCGGCUGGAAAAGGUGGACCUGCGCUGCGGGGAGCGCCAGGCGGACACGUUGAGCAGCGAGUUCUGCCUGGCGGGCGGCUGGGUGGCCGAGGCCAGCGGGAGGACGAGGCGGAGGUGCGGCGAGGCGAGCAGGGCGUCGAGGUGCAGGACGGCGCGGCCGAGGAAGUCGUGGCUGGUGAGCUUGGUGUCGCUGGUCGAGUCGCGGUCGAAGAUAUCGAUGAGCAGGCUGGACGCGGCCGUCUCGGGCGUGUGCGUGAACGAGAUGGUGGUCGUCCACACCGGGUUGAGGUCGUCCUUGACCGUCUCCGUGCGGCCGAUGCGUUCGGCCGGACGCCCGCGCCACAGCGUGUGGCACACCAGGAACGGGUCGGACAGCGAGAGAAAGUCCUUGUUGGCGAGGUCGGCCGCGGCGAAGCGCAGCUCGAUCUGGCGCUGCGUCAUGGCUGCGGGGGUAGGGGUAGGGGGGUGGGUAUGCGUCUGGGGCGUCGUCGAGCUGAGGCGUGUCGACUCCGCCCCGAGCCGCGUCCGCGCACGGCCGCGGCAGGCAGGCUAUGUAUAUUGCCUGGCGUGGGGCGCAACGCGCCGCCACCGGCGCGCACCUCAGCGCGGCCGCGCGAGGACCACGGCGGGGCCGGGUCGCCACGCGCGCACGCGCGCCGAUUGGGCGCGUGGGACGCUGCCGCGCUGUCGCGCGCGCGCCUUGUUGCCGUUGCGCGCGGAAGGGGCCGCGGGGGCCGCGGGGCGGCGCAAACGAAGCCCCCCCAACGGCGAGGCGACAUUCUAUCACCGCAUAAGUUGGGCACCCCCCCCAAAAUGAGCUGCAAUCGGCGUGGUGGGGCCCCCGUCACGUCAUCUGAUUGGCUACAUGAUGCCAGCAAGGUAGGGCACCCCUUUCUGGUCCAUUCAUGUAUGUAA